CAAGAAGUCGUGAUGGCGAUCGCAAAAUGUCUCAUCAUUGGGAUACUCCUGAACGUCCAGAUCGAUCAAAGUUCCCAGGGACAACUGGUUCGACUGGAUCUGAAUCAUCCGGACGCGGUGAUGGUGCCGGUCGACGAAAAGCUAACACUACGGUGCUCCACCAACGGGAAAACGACCUGGUACAAGGAUAACGAAAUAUUACGGGCGACGUCGCCGAGAAUACGGCUGAUGAAGCAGUCCUUGAGAUUCAAGUACAUCGGACCCGAAGACACGGGCUCGUACGCCUGCCUGGUCGAAUCGAACGCGACGCUCGAAUGGCGGAACGUGACGAUACGGAUCGAGCCGUUGCAGAACGACGGCUACCAGCACGACGUCGACCGGCUGGGCAACGCCAUGGGGGCCCAUCGAGCCGAAGAGGAAACGAACGAAUUGGAAAUCGAAGCGAGAAAUUUGCCAGAGACCAGGUCGCUACACCUGGACAGCGAUAAUGGGGACAGCGAUCUAGAGAACGAGACGGCUGGUGAGCACAACAACACCGCUCCAGAACGGGCACCGUCGUUCAAUAAAAGCGUGGAGAUGCCCAAUGUGGUCGUAAAACCAGCUGGUAACAUGCUUCGGCUGAGGUGUCCUAGCUUCGGUAAUCCUAGGCCGAACAUCACCUGGUUGAAGAACAACGAGGAACCGAAGCGAACUUUGGGUACCAUUGUGAUCAGCAAGUGGACCUUCAGGCUGGAGGACCUGGUACCCGAAGACAGUGGGAAUUACACCUGCGUGGUGUGCAAUUACCUUGGCUGCAUCAAUCGAACCUCCAAGGUGGAAAUUAUCGAGAGCGUGAAACACCGGCCGAUACUGACCAGACCGCCGAAAAACACCACCGUUCUGAUAGGAGGCAACGCAACGAUGACCUGCGAGGUACUCUCCGAUGCUCAUCGUCACCUCGAAUGGUAUCACGGUUAUCACACUUCUUUCGACACUGUCAACAAAACCAAUCAGAGUUUCCGGGUGGAGGUCAAGGACGGAACCUACGCAGAUAAUCCAGAGGUGCUAAAACUGUACAACGUAACCGAGAAGGACGAGGGCUGGUAUACAUGUAUCGCCCAGAACACGUUAGGCGAAACGUUCAGCAGCGCCUACCUUCGAGUGGUCGAAUCUCUCGAGGACCAUAGAGUCCCCAUCCCAGCGAAGCCACAGAUUCUCGUGAACAUUCUGGCAGCUGUACUGUUCAUCUUCUUCGCUGUUGGCGUCGUGGUGGUGAUCUAUAUCUUCCAUCGACUGAAACGCGAGAAGAUGAAGAAGCUGCUGGCGAUCGAGACAGCAAGAGCUGCGGUGGUCACUCAAUGGACGAAGAAGGUGAUCGUGGAGAAGCAGAAUCUGGUGAACGCUCAGAAUGUUCAGGAGCCGUUAUUGAUGCCUGUGGUGAAGAUCGAGAAACAGAAAUCGACGGUCGCCGCGGAGGACAGCAAUGGAGGCAGCAUAUCGGAAUACGAGCUUCCAGUUGACAGUGCCUGGGAGUUACCUAGAGAACACUUGAGUCUGGGCAACACUCUUGGUGAAGGUGCCUUUGGAAAGGUUGUCAGGGCGCAGACGAACACUGGUAAACCUGGGAUACCUAGCGUGGUGGCUGUAAAAAUGUUGAAAGAGGGUCACACGGACGCAGAGAUGAUGGACCUUGUGUCUGAAAUGGAGAUGAUGAAGAUGAUCGGCAAACACGUGAACAUCAUCAAUCUAUUAGGCGCCUGCACCCAAGGUGGGCCGUUGUACGUAGUGGUGGAGUUCGCGCCCCAUGGGAAUCUACGUGAUUUCCUACGUGACCAUAGACCCUCGUCGGGAUACGAGCCGACGAUUGGCCAAGAACAGAAGGAAAAGAAAACCCUGACGCAAAAGGACCUGGUCUCGUUCGCGUAUCAAGUGGCCAGGGGUAUGGAGUAUCUGGCAAGCCGAAGAUGCAUCCACAGGGACCUGGCCGCCAGGAACGUCCUGGUCAGCGACGAGUACGUUCUGAAGAUCGCUGACUUCGGUCUUGCCAGGGACAUACAUUGUCACGAUUACUAUAGGAAGACCACGGAUGGACGGCUGCCCGUCAAAUGGAUGGCACCCGAGGCGCUGUUCCAUCGGGUGUACACCACUCAGUCCGACGUCUGGUCGUACGGAAUUCUGUUGUGGGAGAUCAUGACGCUAGGUGGAACCCCCUAUCCGUCGGUACCAUCGGUAGAGAAAUUGUUCCAGUUACUGCGAACUGGUCAUCGAAUGGAGAAACCACCGUGUUGUUCGAUCGAAAUAUACAUGUUGAUGAGAGACUGUUGGAGCUAUCAGCCGAACGAAAGGCCAAUGUUUGGAGAACUGGUCGAAGAUCUUGACAGGAUACUAACGAUUACUGCAAACGAGGAAUACUUGGACCUUGGACUACCACAAUUAGACACCCCACCCUCCAGCCAAGAAUCCAGCGAAGCCGAGGAUGACGAGGGCGAAGAGAAAUUCCCCUAUUUGCUGUGAAUUCAACCGGACCGUUUUGGUCGUCAUCCGAGACUAACCAUC